GAGUCAGUGAAGGAACCACCAACCCAUUUCAAAAAGAAUAUUAAGACGACAGAAAAGAGACAUGUGUAAAUCUUCUACAGGAUUCCCAGUGGCUGCAGCCGGUAGGAAAGUUCCAGAAAGAAAUACAUACCCUAUAGUGUCUUCAACGCAGAUAUUUAAAAGGUCAAACAGUGUUAUUGUUUGCAAGGAUGAGGUUGAUAGACUAAAAAAUCUUCAAAGUAUUUCAAAUAUAAAAUCAAGUACAUUGCGAAUACACCUCAAGUUGAACCAACAGAAGAACAGUAAUGUAGGGGUUUUGCAACCGUCCUUGAGGACAGAGUUGUUAGACAAGGAGACUAAUAAAAGAACCUCAAAGAACAGGUCGAAUACUAAGAACGUCACAUUUCAAGAGGAAUUAAACAUAAUUAAAGAAACAUUAGACGAAGUUGAAACGUUGAUAGAUGUACAGUCUAAAAGGAACGAAAAGAUUUAUUCAAAAUUUCACAGUUACGUGAAAUCGGAAGAAGAAAUCAAUGUAGAAUCACCUAAACGUUCCAAAGGUCUGUACGACUUAUUAGACUACUUAUUUAUGCUUCAAUGGAUACCAAAGCAGUAUCUAAAUAUAUUGCCAGUGACCUUGAAUACUUAUUUCGAUAGCUUAUCUUCUGGUAGUGCAAUAUCUACGGACGAAUCCAUGUCAAAUGGUCUUCUACGACUUCAUUCAUUUCACAAUUUCCCUCGAACCGUAGACAUAUUUGUAAGUAAUCUAUCUAAAGCAGGAUUUUAUUUCACAGGAAACGACGAUAACGUACAGUGUUACGCAUGUGGAAUAACAUACCGGAACUGGAAACGUGGCGAUAUUCCGAUAGAAAUACACAGACGACUCUCACCCUCAUGUCCCCAUAUUCGAAACUGUAAUUCUGUUGCUAUAGAUACAAAUGAACAGCAACACAUACCUUCUCAGGAUGCAAGAUUAACUAAUAUACCAACCCAAUCUUUUUCCAUACCAAGCAUUAAUGUACAACAAUCUAUAGGAAUACAACAAAGUGGGUGUAUGUCUGAGGGACGAAAUUUAAGUCCCAUAACGCAAAAUUCUACAAUUAAUACAAGCGGAGCAACAGGUCACAAUCAAUCAAUUCGAAAUGAUACUACCAGAUACGCGGAGCCGAAACCAAGCAGGAAUGCAGUCAAUUUGGAACAUGUAGAUAACAAAAAAGACACAUGCUCAGAACCGGAAGUGAAUAACACUCUUAGUCAUGGAGCAUGUGGCUGUUAUGAAUCAUCAAGUUCAAGCCGAAUAAGUAGCAAUGCCACUUCUUCAUUUGGUAUCGAUCUCGAUAAUCCCAGAUACCCGAAUUACGCUGCUUUACAAGUGAGAAUCAGCUCCUUUCAGGGAUGGCCAUCGUAUUUAGACCAGACACCAAAACAAAUGGCAACGGCUGGUUUCCUGUUUGCUGGUUACCAGGACUACACUAGAUGUUUCUUCUGUGGCGGUGGACUUCGAAAUUGGGAAGCAGGUGACGAUCCAUGGGUGGAACAUGCUAGAUGGUUUCCAAAGUGUUCUUACCUACGUCAGAACAAGGGUGAUAGGUUUAUAAAAGCCGUUCAAGAUAAACAUGAACAAUUGAACAAAGAAGAAAGUAAGAAAAGUGAUCAAAUUACAUCCUUUCAAACGACAGAAACAACUCAAAACCGUUCCAAUUUACUUUCACACAGCAAUCCACAACAAAGUAGCAGUCCCAGCUAUCUUGAUACAGCAGCAGCCAUGAGUGUCUUAGAGAUGGGUUACACACAAGAACAGGUGCUUCGAGUUAUCCAGCAAUUAUUACGGGAUAAACCAGAUGGAACAUACACAGCAACUGAUAUCAUGAGUAUUUUACUGGAGAAUGAUCAACCGAACGUUGACUCAACUUAUGCAGUUAGGCACGAUUCAUCUGCUAAUGAUUUGUCACUCAAUGCAACUUCACAAGGAAACAAUAGACCUGAACCCCUUAAAAAUGAUUUGAGUGAAUCAAAUUUAGACGAUGCGGAGUCAUUAAUUGAAGAAAAUAGACAGCUACGAGAUCAACGUCUGUGUAAGAUUUGUCUAGAAUUGGAUGCCUCUAUAGCUUUCCUCCCUUGUGGACAUUUAGUUAGUUGUUCUGACUGCGCACCAUCUUUGCGCAGGUGUCCAAUGUGUAGGGCUUUUGUCAAAGGCACAGUCAAGACAUUCCUGGUCUAACGUGGUUUUCAUUUAGCAGAC